CUCACUGGGAGCGCUGGGGGCGCGGGACGCCCUCGUUAAGGGCAGAGCAGAGAAGCUGCGAUAAUGAACCCACAAAGCAGAAGUGUCCCGGCUGCUCCAGGAAGGCUGUUCUGCCCCGCGCCCGCCCCGCACCACAGCCAUAAAAGCAGCGUGCGCCAACCCAGGGAGCUCCCGCCAGCACAGCCGUCGCCCCCACAGGCAGGGGGACCCUGGGGGACCGGGCUGCCCCCGGGACGCAGGUCACCCACCCAGAGACAUGUCAGCCACCGGCCAGCCCCGCUCCCAGGAGCCGUCUGCAGAAGAGAUGAGUGUGGGGCCCAGGCUCGCUGCCCCCCGCCUGCUCGGCUGCCUGCUCCUCCUGGCCUUCCUGGGAGGUGCCCUCGCCAGCCCCCCCAGCCCUGCCCUGGAGAGGAUGCCGGCAGCCAGCUGCCCCCCGACCUGGCUCUACUACCGGGGGUUCUGCUACGGGUACUUCACCGAGAGGAGGACCUGGGCUGAGGCUGAGACCGAGUGCAGGCGGUACGGCCCCAAGGGGCGGCUGGCCUCCAUCCACAGCCUGGGGGCCAGCAGGGUCUUUGCCCGCUACAUCAUCAGCCAGAGGGUUAGGGACAACACCUGGAUCGGGCUGCAGGACGAGGAGCACCCCCCCACCCUGGGCACCCACUGA